GGUAUCAAGCCAUCUAUAUUUCUUUGAUUUGAACAUCAGAUUGAGACACCCUUUUCUUCCUCCUAUAAUUCGUCAUGUUGUCGUUGCCUUCAUCUUCCUCGUCUAUUUCCAGUCACAAAUAUGAUGUUUUCUUGAGUUUUAGAGGUGAAGAUACCCGCAGAAAUUUUACAGAUCAUCUCUAUGAUGCUCUUCAACGCAGUGGAAUCGUCACUUUCAGGGAUGACCCGAAGCUGGAGGCCGGCGAAGAGAUUGCCCCAGAACUCUUUAAAGCCAUUCAACAAUCAUGGUGCUCGGUAAUCGUUUUCUCCAAAACCUAUGCCUUUUCAAGUUGGUGUUUGGAGGAGCUUGCUGAGAUUGCUAAAAAAAAAUUGGAAAAAGGUCAUAAAAUAUUUCCAAUAUUCUAUGAUGUGGAUCCGUCUGAUUUAAGGAAACAAAAGGAUAAAGUUGGAGAAGCAUUUGCCAAACACGAAGAGACAUACAAGGAAGAUCAACACAAGAUCCAAAGAUGGCGAAAUGCUUUGACUGAGGUUUCUAACAUCAAGGGAUGGCAUUUGAAUAACAAGCAUGAAUCUGAAUUCAUUGGAGAUAUUGUUAAAAAAGUCUCAGCAAAAUUAUGUCAAACGUAUCCUGUUGUUCAUGAUAAGUUGGUCGGAAUUAGUUCCCGUUUGGAGGAGUUGUAUUCAAAAAUCGAUGUUGGAGAAGAUGAUGUCCGUAUUAUAGGAAUAUGUGGAAUGGGUGGCAUCGGUAAAACCACUCUUGCAAGAGUUGUUUACGACCAAAUGUCAUCUCAUUUUGAAGGCAAAAGCUUUCUUGUUGAUGUUCGAGAAGUUUCAAACAAAUUGGGACUUGUUUCUUUACAGAAACAACUUCUUUCUCAAACCUUGUCUGAAGGAGGAUUCAAUAUAUUCGAUGUUGAUGAAGGAAAUGCAAUCAUCAGUCAUAGGUUAUCUCACAAAAAGGUUCUUGUUGUUAUCGAUGAUGUUGAUAACAGAAAACACUUAGAACACUUGGUUGGAAGGCGUGAUUGGUUCGGUUCAGGCAGUAGGAUCAUUGUAACAACAAGAGAUGAACAUCUGCUCCGAUCUUAUCGAGCCGACUAUGUGUAUAAGCCUACAACAUUGAGUCCCAAUGAUGCACUUCGACUUUUUAAUUUGAAAGCUUUCGAUAGUGAGACAGCGUUGGAAGAUGUUUUCAUUGAGCUUUCUGAACAUGUUAUAAGUUACGCUGGUGGUCUUCCCUUAGCUCUUGAAGUUUUGGGUUCUUUUUUGUGUGGUAGAGAUGCAACUCAAUGGAGAAGUGCAAUUGAAAGACUUAAACGAGACUCCAACAAAGAAAUUCUUGAUAGACUUCAAAUCAGUUUUGAUGGAUUGGAAGAAAGGGAAAAGAAUAUAUUUCUUGAUAUCGCAUGCUUCUUCAAUAGGGAGGAGAAAGAUUUUGUAACCAAAGUGUUGGACGGUUGUGAGUUUUUCCCAGAGAUUGGAAUCGAUGUUCUCGUUAAGAAAUCCCUAGUGGCAGUUAACCGAGAGAACAGAUUGUGGAUGCAUGACUUGCUACAAGAAAUGGGAAGAAAAAUUGUUUGGGAAAAAUCUAUUGAUGAACCUGGAAAGCGUUGCAGAUUGUGGGAUGAAAGGGACAUCCAACAUGUUCUAACAAAAAAAACUGCCACGGAAGUGAUUGAAGCCAUGAUCAUCGACAAUCAAAGGAAGGAAAAUAUUUGUACGCGUUUAUCAAUGUAUGUUUCAGUCUCAUUUUUUGUUUUUCUCAUGGUUAUCAGGGAAUCGAACAAGACACUCAAUUUGAGUGUCGAUGCAUUCUCAAAGAUGAAAAAAUUGAGAUUGCUCAAAGUUCUUUGCCCCUCAAAUUGUGAUGGUCUCAAAUAUCUUUCUAAUGAGCUACGGCUUUUAGAUUGGGAAGGAUGUCCUUUAAGAUCUCUGCCCUCAGGCUUUCAACCGGGCAACCUUGUUGCACUUCUGUUACAAUACAAUCACUUUAAACAACUAUGGGAGGGAGCCAGACCCUUGUACAAGCUGAAAGUGUUAAACCUCAGAGGGUCCCUGAACCUGAUCAAGACUCCGGACUUUACAAUGGCCCCAGCUCUUGAAGUUUUGAUCCUGGAAGGUUGUAAAAAAAUAGUUGAUGUUCAUCCAUCCAUAGCAGAGCUUAAGAGGCUUCAAAAUUUGAAUUUGAGAGGCUGCAAAAGUCUUAGGAAUCUUCCAACCAAAAUUGGAAUGGAAUCUCUUCAAACAUUCGUUCUUUCGGGUUGUUCAAAUCUUCUUUGGUUUCCAGAGAUUGAUUGUAAAAUGGAUUGUCUAAAAACUCUUGAUCUUUCCGGAUGUUAUAGAGUUGGAUUUUUGCCAGAGAGUUUGCAGCUAGCAGAGUUUUUGGAAGAGCUCGACUUGAGUGAAACGGCCAUAACAAAACCACCGUCCUGCAUUUUUCGACUUAAAAAUCUUAAAGUUUUGUCUUUCAACGGCCGCAAGGGAUCUUCAUCUAAGUUUCAACAAAAUUUGCCUUCUCUCUUCAAAAAAUUCCAAAGAGGAAAGACAAAUUCAAUGGCUCUGAUGUUGCCUUCGUUGUUGGGUUUGAGUUCAUUGAAAGAGCUGAAACUAACUGGCUGCAAUCUUUGUGAAGGAGAUAUUCCUACUGAUAUUUCUUGUCUAUCCUCUUUGGUAGACCUCAAUCUCAGCAGUAACAAUUUCGUCAGCCUACCUGAUUCUCUUACUCGACUUUCCAAGCUUGAAAGUCUUGAAUUGAUGAAUUGUCGGCGGCUGAAAUCAUUGCCUGAGCUUCCAACAAGUACAGCAAAUGUGAGCAUAGAUGAUUGUGCUUCUCUGGAACUAAUUGCUAUUCCAUCAAAAUUAUGCAAUUCAAGUUAUUUUUGGCAGAUUAUGGGUACCAACUGCCACAGAUUGGCUGAGAACAUCAAUGCAUUAACAUUGCUGAAAAAACAUCUCAAGGCAUUUGCAAAUUCAGGAAGAAGGUUAGAUGUUAUUAUACCUGGAAGCGAAAUCCCGGAAUGGUUCAGCCAUCAAAGAGUCGACACUUCAAUCAAGAUGCCACUGCCUCUCAGUAUUCGGAAUGAUAGUCAAUGGAUGGGAGUUGCUUUCUGCUGCAUUUUUGCCGGUGGUGAUUCUUCGGGGGAUGAGUUUAUCAACUGUAAAGGUGUUAUCCGUUGUGGAGAACCUCGAGGUCUUGAUAGGUUUUACGUUCCUUUAGGGAAAAGAUAUAAUCAGCCCAUAAAAAUGACCACCUUUUUUUGGUUAUUUGCCGCGUGAUGUGUUAUAUCCAUAUUACUUAGAGAAUGAAUGUGGUGAAAGUGAAACCGAGAAUACAUCAACACCGGAUUGCUCAAAUCAGGAAUGCGAUGAACUUGAAUUGUCAUUCGAAUAUGAAGCUCGUGGCAAAGGUGUUGGGGUGAAGAAAUGUGGGGUUGGGAUAGUGUAUGAGAAAGAUUUGGAAGAUGUCCAACUUACAACAGAGCAACACAUGAAUCAAAGUAGGGAAAAAAUUGAAUGAAGACUCCACUGUUGAUGGACACAGAGAGAGACAUGUUGAGAACCAUUAGGUACAUGGGAAGAAACGUUUGUUGAUUAUGCUGACU